AUGGUUGCCAAAGCCCUCUCCGUCGCCCUCCUGGCUGGUGCCGCCUCGGCCACCUGCCCCCUCUCGGUCCAGAUCUCCAACUCUGAUGCCCACGUUGUCAGCGUCGCUGUCACCAACACCGGCUCCGAGACUCUCCAGGUCUUCAAGGGCAACACGGUCUUCAGCGACCAUGCCACCAAGGAUCUCCUUGUGACCGAUGCCGAGGGCAACGCUCUCCCCUUCCAGGGCAUCUACGUCAACUACAAGCGCCAGGGCCUUGACGCCAGCGCUUUCCAGAAGAUCGAUGCUGGCGAGACUGUCACCGUCUCCGUCAACGCCGCCAAGAGCUACAAGCUCGAGGGCAUCGACGAGGCCAAGAUCACCGCCAUCCAGGGCUUCCGCUACGCCACUGGCGCUGAGGCUCCUGCCGACUUCAAGAGCCUCGCCUCUUGCGACGAUGUCACCUCCGGCGAGGUCGCGGUCACUCCCGACCAGGCCGUUGUCGCCGAGCAGCACAUCUCCCGCCGCAACAGCGCCACCCGCUCCCGCGUCGAGAAGCGCUCCAUCACCUACUCCUCUUGCUCCGCUUCUCAGACUUCCGCUCUGAAGACCAGCGUCAGCAACGCCAUCUCCAUGGCCAAGGCCGCCUCCACCGCUGCUGGCACCUCUUCCUACUACUACACCACCUGGUUCAAGUCCACCUCCGUCGUCUCCAAGGUCCAGACCAUCUACAACGACGUUGCCGGCGUCCAGACCACCUCCCCCAAGAUCUCCUGCACAGACACCUACAGCGACUGCACCGACGGCUCCGCCCUGCUGUACACCGUCCCCGACGACAACGUCAUCGUCCCCUGCCCCAACAACGGCUUCUGGGGCUUCCCCGAGCUUGCGUCUCAGUGCUCCGGCGACGACUACGACCGCGCCGGCAGCAUCCUCCACGAGAUGACCCACUUGUACGGCACCGGCGAUUACGGCUACGGCUACGUCGCUGCCCAGGCUCUGUCUGCUACCAGGGCUGCCGCCAACGCCGACACCUACGAGAUGUACGCUGAGAGCGUCCGCCUCGGUGGCUGCACCGUCGGCUAA